UCGCGCGUAAUUGGUCCAAUUGAGAAUCACCAUAACAGCUAACCUAACGAGUCGUCGACGAACAUCUGUGCAGGACAGUGUGCAUUUGCAUCCUGGCUGACGCAUUAAGGUAACUUCGACUUGAUCAGCAACUUGUGUGACCCUUAAAGGAUUGACUGAAGAUGAAAACUCAGAGGAAAGGAAAGGUUCUCUUUAAAACCUCACGCAUGGAAGCCGCUGGAUUACGAGCUAAUCCAAAGAAAUCAGCAAAGGCACUUGAAUUGACUGAUUCAACUCCAAAGCAACCGCAACAGAGAGAUUUAACAAGAGCUACCCUGACAAAACAGGCAGCCACACAUAUGGUUGAUGCCCUGAAGGAGGACCUGAGAAAACAAAAAGUACCUGAUCCUAACACGGCCCCACCACUUUACGAGUCAGACUCUGACGCGACAGCCAUUGAUGCAGAAUCCUCUCCCAUGCAGGAACCACCCAGAAAUCUUGAAACAGAAAGUGAAGAUGAUAGCUCAUCAAAAGAGACACCAAAGCUUGACAAUGAGAUUCUCAGUGCAUUGAAAGAGUUGCCAAAGGUGGUAAAAACACUAAAAGAUAUAGUGGCGACCAUGAAGGUGGCUCCAGCCUCAUCAAGUGAAGUGCAACAUGCAGAAGUCGUAUCACCACCAGCAGAAAUGAUGUCCCUGGGUGAAGGAAUCACCAUUCCAAAAAAGACAUUCGAGAGAUUGUCCAAGACCAAAAUGUCAGUAUUUACCCAGGAGCUGGCUGUUGUCAUGUUUGGACACGAUGUUCUGGCGACAUCAACUCUAACGGGCAAAAAAACUAUGAAAACAGCACUGGACUCCAUCAAAGUGAAUGCCCUCAUUGAUGCUGUGAUUGCUCGUUUUCAAGGGACCACUCCUUCUCAAGUCAGGGCUGUACUUCGACAGAAGUGCAACAAUGAGAGCUAUGCCAAAAAAAUUCAGGAAAGUGGUAAAGGCGAUAAGAAUUAAAUGACCAUUAGACUAAAUUAACAUACCCUUUGGUAGGUCACUUCAAAGUUCAUGCAAUUCGUUCUUUGUUGUCUGUUGAAAUGUUUAAAAAUAAUAAAAGCUGUUUUAUUGUUACUUUAAGCAUUAUGGUGUUUGU